AUGGCCGAAGAUGAAACAAUACAAAAUAUUACACCUUGGGAAGCACAAGUAGUUACUGAUAACAAAACAAUAUCUAUUAACUAUGAAAAGAUAAUUACACAAUUUGGAUGUAAAGAAUAUCAUGAAGAACUAACAAAAAAAUUACAAGAAAUGACUGGUGUUCCACCGCAUUUCUAUUUUUUAAGAAAUAUUGUGUUCGCUCACAGAGAUUUUGACAUUUUACUAGAAAAGUUAAAAUCAAAAAGUUUUUAUCUUUACACUGGAAGAGGUCCAAGUAGUAAAAGUAUGCAUUUAGGACAUGUUAUACCAUUCCAGUUGUGCAAAUAUUUCCAGGAUACAUUUAAUUGUCCUUUAGUUAUACAAAUGACAGAUGAUGAAAAAUUUUUAUUUAAAGAUCAGUCAUUUGAAGAAUCUACUAAAUACUGCGCAGAAAAUAUUAAGGACAUCAUAGCAUUUGGUUUUAAUCCAAAGUUAACAUAUAUUUUUAGUAACGUAGAAUCAUCGCAUUUAUUUGAAAAAAAUACAUUAAAAAUUGCUAAAUCAAUUUCGCUAAAUGAAGCAUGUAAAAUUUUUGGUUUCGAUAACAACAGUAAUAUUGGAAUGAUUGGAUUCCCCGCCAAAGAAAUUGCGCCAUGCUUUGCUUCUUCCUUUGAAUUUUUAAACAAAGGCGCUAUGUGUCUUAUACCUUGUGCUGUAGAUCAAGAUCCUUAUUUUAGAUUAGCUAGAGACAAAGCUAGCGUAAUGAAAGAACCCAAGCCCACUACUUUGUACGUUUCACUUUUGCCCGAUUUAAAAGGAGUUAAUAGGAAGAUGUCAGCCAGUGAUACUACAAGUUCAAUUUUUUUAACCGACACACCGGCUCAAAUUGCUAAAAAAAUACGAAAAUAUGCUUUUAGUGGCGGAAAAGAAACAUUAGAAGAACAUAAAAGACUGGGAGGAGAUACUGCAGUAGAUAUUUCUUAUCAAUAUUUGCGAUAUUUUUAUGAUGAUAAUAUUGAUCUUGAGAGGAUUAAAAAUGCAUAUGAAAAAGGAGAAAUGUCGACAGGAGACAUUAAAAAUAAAUGUAUUGAUGUUCUACAAAAAUUUGUUAAAGAUUACCAGGAAAGAAGAAAUUCUAUAACAGAAGAACUCUUUCAAGAAUUUUGCAGCAAGUUAUAA